AUGUCUAAUAGAAAAAAAGUAGCAUAUUUUCAUGAUCCUGAUAUAGGGAGUUAUUAUUAUGGAGCAGGUCAUCCUAUGAAGCCUCAAAGAAUUAGAAUGACCCAUUCUUUAAUUGUGUCAUAUAAUUUAUAUAAAUAUAUGGAAGUUUAUAGACCUCAUAAAAGUGAUGUUCAUGAAAUGACUUUGUUUCAUGAUUACGAAUAUGUGGAUUUUUUAUCUUCUAUAACUUUAGAAAAUUAUAGAGAAUUUACUUACCAAUUAAAAAGAUUUAAUGUUGGAGAAGCCACUGAUUGCCCAGUAUUUGAUGGACUCUUUCAAUUUCAACAGUCGUGUGCAGGUGCAUCAAUUGAUGGAGCUUCUAAGUUAAAUCACCAUUGUGCUGAUAUUUGUAUUAACUGGUCAGGUGGUUUACAUCAUGCAAAGAUGUCGGAAGCAAGUGGUUUUUGUUAUAUUAAUGAUAUUGUUUUAGGAAUAUUGGAAUUACUAAAAUAUCAUGCACGUGUUAUGUAUAUUGAUAUUGAUGUUCAUCAUGGAGAUGGUGUUGAAGAAGCUUUUUAUGUAACCCACAGAGUUAUGACUGUGUCAUUUCAUAAAUUCGGGGAUUAUUUUCCAGGUACAGGUGAUAUAACAGAUAUUGGUGUUCACCAUGGAAAAUAUUAUAGUGUUAAUGUACCAUUAAACGAUGGAAUAACGGAUGAGGCAUUUGUUGACUUAUUCAAAGUAGUUAUAGAUAAAUGUGUACAAACUUAUAAACCAGGGGCUAUCAUAAUUCAAUGUGGAGCAGACAGUUUGACUGGAGAUAGAUUAGGUAGAUUUAAUUUAACAAUUAAAGGUCAUGCAAAAUGUGUUGAGCAUGUAAGAUCAUAUAAUUUGCCUCUUUUAGUUUUGGGAGGAGGAGGAUAUACGAUACGAAAUGUAGCAAGAUGUUGGACAUAUGAAACAGGAGUUGUCUUAAAUAAACAUCAUGAAAUGCCUGAUCAAAUAAGCUUAAAUGACUAUUAUGAUUAUUAUGCACCUGAUUUUCAAUUACAUCUACAACCAUCUAAUAUGCCAAAUUAUAAUUCACCCGAGCAUCUAAAUAGAAUUAAAAUGAAAAUAACAGAAAAUUUAAGAAAUAUCGAGCAUGCUCCAGGUGUUCAAUUUUCUUAUGUACCACCUGAUUUUUUUGAUUCAGAAAUGGAUGAUGAAAGUGAUAAAAAUCAAUAUGAACUUGAUGAUGAUAGUGGAGGAGGAAGAGCUGCUGGAACUAGAAUAAAGGAACAUUCAUCAUCUCAUCAUUUAAGAAGAAAAAAUUAUGAAGAUGAUUUUUUUGAUCUUUCAGAUAGAGAUCAAAAAAUGAUUUUAUAA